AUGGCCCAGGGAUUGGUAACAUUCAGGGAUGUGACCAUUGAGUUUUCCCAGGAAGAAUGGAAGUACCUGGAGCCUGCCCAGAAGGACUUGUAUAGGGAUGUGACUUUGGAAAACUUCAGUAACUUAGUUUCACUCGACUUGGAAUCCAGAUGUGAGAAGUUAGCACAAAAAGAUGUUCAUGAAGUGCAGCCAUUCAUCUGGACUGGUGAGAAGCCAAUUGAAUGUAAGGAAUGUGGGAAAGCUUUUGCUCGUACUACUGAACUUCUUCUACAUCAGAGACUGCAUACUGGAAUUAAACCAUAUGAGUGUAAAGAAUGUGGAAAGACCUUUUGGCAGCACUCACAACUUCAUUUGCAUCAAAGAACUCAUACAGGGGAGAAACCCUAUGUAUGUAAAGACUGUGGAAAGGCCUUUAUUCGUGGCUCUCAACUUACUGUACAUAGGAGAAUUCACACAGGUGCUCGACCCUAUCAGUGUAAAGAAUGUGGGAAAGCCUUUAGGCAACAUUCACAACUUACUGUACAUUACAGAAUUCACACUGGGGUGAAACCCUAUGAAUGUAAGGAAUGUGGGAAGGGCUUUAUUCAUAGCUCAGAAGUUACUCGACAUCAAAGAAUUCAUUCUGGGGAGAAACCCUAUGAAUGUAAGGAAUGUGGGAAGGCCUUCAGACAGCACGCACAGCUUACCCGACAUCAGAGGGUUCAUACUGGUGAUAGACCCUAUGAAUGUAAGGAGUGUGGAAAAGCCUUUAGUCGUAGUUCCUACCUCACUCAACAUCAAAGAAUUCACACAGGUGACAGACCUUAUGAAUGUAAGGAAUGUGGAAAAGCCUUUAUUCGUGUUUCCCAACUGACUCAUCAUCGGCGAAUUCACAGCUAUGAGAAACCCUAUGAGUGUCGAGAAUGUGGAAUGGCCUUCAUCCGAAGUUCACAGCUUACUGAACAUCAAAGAAUUCAUCCUGGCAUCAAACCAUAUGAAUGUAGAGAGUGUGGACAGGCCUUUAUUCUUGGAUCACAACUCAUUGAACAUUACAGAAUUCAUACCAGUUAG